CGCCAGAGCGCUGGUUCCAAAUACCCCGCCAACUUUUCCCUCCCCAGACCCUUAACCCCACCAUCCGUCCCUCCCGCUCCUUGUCACGCUGUUCGCACGAGGGCCCCCCCUCCUUCCACGCACGAAAAGCAGCGAUUGACGGGCGCACCAGUGACGAGAGACAAAAUGGCCGCGCCGCAAGACCUCGCCGACCGCACCAAGGAUGCCUCCGACCUGAAAUGCUACAUUGACCCGACGUCGGGCAAGGACGACGCUUCUGCAGAUGGCUCCGAGGCCAAGCCGUAUCAGUCGCUCUACUAUGCAUUGUUGCAACACCUCGACAAGCCGGCGCCGGUUUAUCUCACCCGGUCGGCCGCGCCCAAAGAGGGGAGUGACGGCGGCGCCGCCGCCGCCCCUGCGUGGGAGGAGCCCGCCAAGAGCGCCAUGAAGAAGGCCCUGGGCCGCGUCGACGCCUACAAGAAGAAGCUGGCCAAGGAGCAGGCCUCGGCCAGGCAGGAGGAGGAGGAGCGCAAGCAGCGGCUCAAGAACCUCGAGGAGGCCAAGAAGAUCGUUCUCAAGGAGGACCCGUCCCUCCCCCCGGCCGUGCGCAUCAAGAUCAACAACAAGUCGGUCGAGCUGGGCGACGGCAAGACCAAGAAGGGCACCCGCGUCAAGGUGUACGGGCGCAUCCACGAGCUGCGGGUGCAGAAGACGACCACCUUCAUCACGCUCAAGGACGGCUACGGCUACCUGUCGUGCAUCCUCCCGGCCGGCGACCUGACCAAGAACUACGACGCCCUCAUGUUCGCGCUCGAGACGGCGCUGGUGGUAUACGGCGAGAUGCGCGCCGUGCCCGAGGGCGUCAAGGCGCCCGACAACCGCGAGCUCCACGUCGACUACUACAAGGUGCUGGGCGCGGCCCCGAGCGACCUGGACGCCAUCACCAACAAGGUGUCCAAGGAGCAGGACCCGUGGGACGCGCAGAUGCUCGACAACCGCCACCUGGUGCUGCGCGGCGAGAACGCGUCGUCGGUGCUCAAGCUGCGCGAGUUCGUCGAGCUCGCCUUCAUCGACACCUACCGCGAGAUGGAGUUCCGCAAGGUGUCCCCCCCGGCCAUGGUGCAGACCCAGGUCGAGGGCGGCGCGACCCUGUUCAAGUACGACUAUUACGGCGAGGAGGCGUACCUGACCCAGUCGAGCCAGCUGUAUCUGGAGACGGUCAUGCAGUCGCUGGGCAAUGUCUACUGCAUCGAGAAGUCCUUCCGUGCCGAGAAGAGUCUGACGAGGCGCCAUCUGUCCGAGUAUACCCACGUGGAAGCCGAGCUCGACUUCAUCGAGUUCAAUGACCUGCUCGACCACCUCGAGGAGAUCAUCUCGCGCGUCGUCGACAAGGUGCUGGCGGAGGAGACGAUGCGCGGGUACAUGAAGUCGCUCAACCCCAACUUCCAGAAGCCGUCGCGGCCCUUCCUGCGCAUGAAGUACGAGGAGGCCAUCGAGUGGCUCAACAAGCAGGACCCGCCCAUCCUCAACGAGGAGGGCAAGCCGCACGUGUUCGGCGACGACAUUGCCGAGGCGGCCGAGCGCCGCAUGACGGACAUCAUCAACCGGCCCAUCCUGCUCACGCACUUCCCCGUCGAGAUCAAGGCGUUCUACAUGAAGAAGGACCCGCAGGACCCGAGGGUGACCGAAUCGGUGGACGUGCUGAUGCCCGGCGUCGGCGAGAUCGUCGGCGGCUCCAUGAGGAUGGACAACUACGACGAGCUGAUCGAGGCGUACAAGAAGAACGGCAUCUCCCACGAACCCUACUACUGGUACACCGACCAGAGGAAGUAUGGCUCGUCGCCACACGGUGGAUAUGGCCUCGGCCUGGAGCGCUUCCUGGCUUGGAUGGCCAACCAGCACACUGUCCGGACAUGCAGCUUGUAUCCGCGCUUCAUGGGGCGGUGCAAGCCUUGAGACGUUGCAGUUGGGGGGUUUAGCGGGCUUUGGUGGAUUGCAGGGGUUCCUCCUGGGUCUGGACCUAGGUAGGGUUCAACUUCGGAAAUUGAUAGAUAGACCGGAACGCAUUCAUCAUACACUACACAUGGACACGAUGGCGUGUGCGAAAUAACUUCACCAUUCGGCUCACCCCCUGGACUGCUUUCGGAUGCUCUGCGUGAAUGCGUGCCUAUCCGCUCGUUUCUGCGGUCUUG